AUGCAGGCACACGAUCAAAACCUCGCAGAACAACUGCGGGAUCUGAAACAGCAACUCGAGCAACUGCAGACACAUGGCCAACCAGCUGGAUUCUCAUCGCAAUGCGUGCAACUUCGCAUUCCGAAAUUCAACAAAACAAAUCCUCAGCUUUGGUUCUCUCAGUUGGAUCGCCUAUUUCAUCUGCAUAAUGUCACUGACUAUAACAAAUUCGACAUCAUAUCUGUGAAUUUGGAGGAGAUUCAACGCGUGCUUGACAAAUUCGCAGAAUCAUCAGACUCAAAGCUGAAAAGGCUUUUGGGUGGCGGCGAAACUGUUGGCAAGAAACCGUCAGAAAUCCUUGACCACAUGCGGCGUUUAGCACCAACCACGGGCUGCGAGGCAGUUAUUCGAUCAUUGUUUCUUGCGAAGCUUCCAAACUCGAUCAGACCGUUCAUUUCGGUAUGGGACGAGAACAACCUUUACAAAUUGGCGGAGAUUGCAGACAAAAUGCUUGAAGCUAGCGAGCCAGUUUCUGCAUUUGUUGAGUCAACGGCACUAACAGAGCAGCAGCACCAAGUUGAUGCUCUGAGCGGCAAGCAAACCGGCAUGUCAGAAGUAACAUCGGCAUUACGAGCGCUCACUACAAAAGUCGACAAGCUUAAGGACGAGCUACGCCAAUCAAAACAUGCUCAAUUGUCACGGCACACACAUGAUAGCUCUAAUGAUGUCGGUUCAAAACUAUGUUUCUACCACACUAGAUUCGGUGAGAAUGCUCGCAAGUGCCAGCCAGCAUGUCCACUAGGGCGGGUCAAUUUGUUCCUGUCCAAAAAAUCCUGA